AUGUCCAUCCAACCAGUCAUGACGCGCUCCGGUAGCGCUACUUCGACGACCAUCACCGACGCUCUGGCACCCUCCGCUACAAACAGACUCACCCCCGCCGAGCGAAAGGCCUUUGGUAAAUCAGAUCACAAGGCUGCCAAGAUCCUCGGUAUUACACUCACACGCAAUCACGUGGACCAGAAGGGGAGACCUGCUCAAGUCCCAUCCGGAAACCGAGAGGAUCCCCAAGUUGGCGAUACGCUGGCAGAGAUGAUGGCCCUCAUAGGUAUGGGGAUGGAUUUAGUAGAGAAGAGCAAGAAGCGUGGAGUGGCUGGGGAGUAUACGCAACGCGUGGUCUUGGGACCCUUGUGCUCAAACGGGCCACCCGUGGAGAAAGGCGAAGAAUUGUCGACUACUAUCAGCGACAACGGUGCAUGCUCGUCGUUGGAACCCGGUGAGAUUGAAGAGACCGAAACACCUCUUGCAGGCAAAUAUAUAUCAGGAAAUAAUGAAGAGGAAGAUCUAUUCCACGGUUCAAGAGGCUUUGUUUGGGACGUUCAAAAUCCGUUUGCUACACCUCCCAAUACCGUCCUUCAGCAAUAUGCCCAAGUAAUGCGGCUUGGUGAAACGAUUGGACCCUUGGAUGUUCCGCCAGUGGUGCCACUCUGCUACACAACUAAUUUUGAGCCAUCACCCGCAGAGGAAAUUCCGGCACUCCGACUCUAUUCCGACGACUCGUUCGACGACAUGCUUCGUCCAGCGGAACGAGCUUACCUGGACUUUUUGAUUGCACAAGACGAAGCUGAGGAACAGCCAAUGGAGAGGAGAAGGCAAAGAAGGGCGGCAGUGCGGUCCAAGAACAAAAUGCUGGAUGUAUUGGGAGUGGAGGCGCGACAAGCCGUUGAUGGGCAAUACUAGCCUUCUGUUGAAGAUGGAUAAUAUGCCUAUGAUAUUCAAUCAAUGUAACAGAUAUGUACUUGGAGCUUAGAAGGAGACGACAACGUUUACUGGUAGACUUGUCAGCGGUCGCUUAGUCAAGACCAGUCGGGACUCGGAAUUGGUUUCUCGAAAGUGCGGUCCGGGUCCGGGUCCGGCUUGCACGCACACUUUCAAACAUUUAUAAAUGUACUUUCACCAUAGAAGAUACAGUUGCAACAACCACUUGAGCUAACUGGAGUACUACGGAUCAGAGUGACACAGUUAGGAUGGGGAAACGACUCGGACCAAAUAUCUUGGAGGGCGCGCAUCGCAGUGGAUUCACACAUUUACGAAAUUUCCAUACCCCAGUUGGUUAAAGUUCGUCAAACAAAUAAGUAGUAUGGAUCUUGGGGAGGUUUUUGUGGCAAGAAGUCUUGCAAAGAAGGUUG